CACAAAUGUCACACUUUAUAAGUUUUAAUAGUAAUUUUUCGAUUCUCCAAUUUCUAGGGCUCGAUUCUCAACGGAAUUCGAGUUUCUUCCUACCCAUCGCCCCCAAAUUCGAGAUAAUCUCCCUCUCUUUCUCUCGCUGCGCGACUGGAAGCAGCAGCGGGUUCUCGGGCUCUGCGUUCGUUUAGCUUCAAUCCCGAGAGCGUCCCUCUCAAUUUCUUGGGGAUUCUGGUCGGUUCCUGAGGCGGUGGUGCCGGAGGAAGCGAACGGCGAGUGAGGAAUUCGGUAGAGCAUUCGGUUUGCGUCCUUUGAUUCUGUCCGGGUUGAUGAACGGAGGUGGUGUGGAUUUUCUGGACCUCAGAUAUCGGCGGGCGACUUGUGCUCUGGCAAGAAAAGGUGGUAGCUGAUUAUACGCAUUGAAUGCCCGUUUCUUAUCAGUAUGUAUGGCCAGGGUUUCUAUGGUCCCCAGACUGGUCAAGGUCCUUACCCACAACAUCAUCUGCCCACUGCCUUGCCGCCUCCUAAUUCUUCCCAAUCUCUGGCAGCAUGGAAUUCUGUAAUGCGUCAGCCUCCUGCUUCUGUCCCUUUUCAGAUCAAUCAGCAGAUUCCUCGAGGAUCACCUUUUCAGGGUUCUCCUGCUGGAAUGACGAACACUACUAACCCGUCUCAUGCAUCCCUUCCCCCCCAGCCUCCGCCAGUACUUGGAAGAAUGCCGAUAACUGGUCCUUAUCGCAAUUCUCAGCAUAACCUACAUUAUCCUUUACAUGUAGGGACCCAGAAUUCCCACCACUUUCCAACUCCCUCACCUCCUCCUCCUCCUCCUCUUGUUCAAGGGCAACCUACAUACUGGCACCCAGUCAAUUCGCAGCCUAGGCAGCCUAUUUCUGUACAGAUUCCUCCAAUCCCCAAUACCCCCCCCCCACUGCCUCCCCCUCCCCCUUCCCAACCUCCGCUUCCAUAUGCCUCUUCAUCACCUGUUCCACCUUCUCCACCAUUCUGUAGACCUCUGCUGCCCACAUCUUCUGUGUCCAAUAUUUCUUCUUCCACAUUGGCACUUGAUGUUUCUGGACAGAGAAAUGACAAAGUUGUCACUUCUGAAGGAAGGGCUGUGGAGUCAUUAAGUAAACAGUACGGAUCCAUUUCUGCAUUAGGUAGAAGUACGGCUUUGGAGAUAGACGUCCAUCCAGCUCCACCAAAACCAGCUGACAAGAAUAUCAUGAAAAGGAUCGAAACUUUAUACCAGUUUAUUGCCAAGAAUGGCCCUGGUUUUGAAGAUAUGACUCGAACCAGGGAGUCUGCAAAUCCUGAGUUCAAAUUUCUUUUUGGUGGUGAGCCUGGAAGUGAUGCUGCGGUUGCACAUGAAUAUUAUCAAUGGACAAAGAAAAAAUACACUUUUGGAGAUAAGUUGCAGGAAGGUGCCUUAAACUUAAGGCCUUCGGAGGCUGGUAUUUCUGUGCAAACCAAACCAUUCACUAUGACUUCUGCAGUGCAUCCGAGUUCUGAUUCUGACAUGGAGAUGGAAGAUGAUAUUACCCAGGUUGACAUGGAUCAGGAGAUGGAAAGACCAGUUGAAUAUUAUCGUCAGGACUCUGAUUUGGUUCGUUAUGAUCAGGAUGGGAAAGAGCCGCCAAUGCCACAAACUGUUCAGUGUGCAUCAGCUCAGGAUGUUUUGUGCUAUAAAGUUCCUUUUUCGGAGGUUCCAGGUCGGAGUGACUAUGGACAUCAAGGAUCUGGUAUUCUUCCUUAUCAUGAGUGGUUGCUACCUGGAAGUUCAUCAAAUAGGAUCUGCUCAGACUCUAAUCUGGCCGAACCUGCUGGAGCCGGCAUUGCCAAAAAAUUGGUGACUGUCCUAGCUGAUGUUUCAAGGCCUCCAAUUUCUUCACCAGCUGUCAAAAGUGGUAGGCCAUUCAGAUUAGUGCAAGACGAUGCUUCCAAUGACAGCUUGGAGAACUGUGCUGUGCCGCAUUCCAAAGGAAAGCAUACGACGGCUGAACUGUCAGUUGCGCCUGGUUAUAUAAACAAGUCUGAUUAUACUGAAUGUAGAUCUGAGUCAUAUUUACAAGUUGCAAACCUCGGCAAGAUUGAACAGGUCGUUGGACCACUAUCAGAAUCUGGGAAAUCAUUUGUGGCUCCAACUAGUGUUUCCAAUGUGAAGACUAGGGUUGUGGAAACUGUUGCAACCUUAUCUGAAAUUGGGCUGAGUGAUGAACCUUCUGAUACGAACUACAAUGACCAAGGAACAAUUCACAAUGCUGCGUGUUUAGAAGCUUUCGCUAGGAAUAACAGCUUAAGAAGUCUAAGCACUGGGUCACAUGAGAAUGGUACGUCUGAGAAGGAAACCGGAGGAGAGAAACUAAGGCCCAAUUCAACUCCAGUACAAGUGGAUGAAUUUGGGAGGCUCGUGAGAAAAGGAACAAGUGACUGGGAUUUGGAUGAUUCAUUAUAUGCUGGGAGGCGUCAUAAGAAAAGAGAGAGAAGUCAGAGCUGGAGCCAGUCUCCAGUAGGUAGAAGGAAUAGACGGAGGAGGAGUUUGCCAUGGGCCAUAGACAGACGAAACCGAUCUCGCCUGGAGAAUUCCACGGCCCAGCGAUGCAAUGCAUCAAAUCCUUUACGUGAAAAGAAGUACUCAAAGAGAAAGAAGAAGCAAAGUCAGAAAAGGCUGAAAAGGAAGCAAGCAAGAAAAAAUGGUGCAGAACUCCCAUAUGCUGUUCUGCAAAAGAUAAAAGAGGAGAGGAAGAAGAAGAGGAUAAUGAGGAGGGCGCAGAAAAGAGAGGCAACAGCUAGGGAGAAGGUCUCUGGGAAGAGCAAUCUGCUCGGCGAUGUCCCAAAUAAUGUCUUGCAAGUGGCUGACUUGGAUGAAAGUGUCAUGAGAGAAUUUUCCUCAACCUGCGAUUGUAAACCAGAGCAAGUAGAAGAAAGGUUGCAAGAUACAUCAGCACAGGCUUCCAUGGGAACUUCGAAAGAAGAAGCCUCUGUUCCUGAUCCAGAGCAGAGGCUUGAUCUUCCAGAAAGACCUGAGACCAUCAAGCUGCAUAGUGCAGAAGAUGGUUCUGCUGAAGUUGUUCUAGUUGAAAGCACGGCUGUGACCGAGGCUACAGAAAACAAGAAUGCUGAAAAGCUUAUCCAGGUUCAGACAGUGGAAGAGCAUGUGUCUUGUGUUGAUAAAGAAGUUGAAGCUGCAUCCAAUUGCAAUGCAGAAGCUUCAGUUGAGUCGGGUCGUGUUUCUUGUUGUGAGCACUCAAACGGGAAUGGUUUCAAGGUAAAUAGGCAGAUUGAUGAAGUAAAUCCUUCGUCCGAAUUGUUGGUGUCCGAAGGUGAUAUUAAAUUGGAUAUCAACAUCAAUGAAGGAAGCAUGCCUUUGCAAAUUCCUGGUAUAUCAUCAGAGAGGACUAGUGUUGAACCUUCUAGAAAGAAGCUUCUUAUACUUGAUCUGAAUGGACUCUUGGCAGAUAUAAUUCCAUAUGAUGGCUACGGAUGUAAACCGGACUUAAUUGUGUCGAGAAAAGCAGUAUUCAAAAGGCCCUUUGUUGACGAUUUUUUACAGUUUUGCUUUGAGAAAUUUGCUGUUGGGGUUUGGUCUUCAAGGACAGAGAGAAAUGUGGUGCCAGUUGUAGACUUUCUUAUGGGCGACUCCAAAGAGAGAUUGCUUUUCUGUUGGGAUCAGUCCCACUGUACUGCAACAAAGUUCACUACCAUCGAGAACAGGGAUAAGCCCCUGGUUUUGAAGGAACUUAGGAAAUUGUGGGAUAAGCUCGAGCCUAAUCUUCCAUGGGAGAAGGGAGUGUAUAAUGACUCAAACACUUUGUUGUUGGAUGAUUCUCCGUACAAAGCCCUUCGCAAUCCGCCAAACACUGGAAUAUUUCCUUACUCAUACCACUAUAGAGAUGCUCAAGACGAUUCAUUAGGACCUGGAGGUGAACUGCGGGUAUACCUAGAAAGCUUAGCUUUGGCUGACGAUGUUCGGAAGUAUGUAGAGCAGAAUCCAUUUGGUCAAAGAGCAAUUACAAAGUCAAAUCCAUCCUGGAAUUAUUAUAAGAGGGUGUUAGCUGCAGACGCACCUGAAGAUGCUACUUCUGUAUCGAACUUGGUUUUUGACAACUUGAACAUCUUUUUUGUUCGAGGUUGUUUAAGAAUUAAAAGCAUGUGAUGUUGCGCAGCAGCCGCUGGAAGUGUUUAGUUCAUCUAAAAAUGUCUUUAACUGUUGUUACAUCGAUAAUCUCUUGUUUUUGGGGUGAGAAAAACUUCUUCUUUUGACAGUCAAGUUUUAGAUAGUGUGUAUCUUUAUAGGUGGUGAAAAUUUUUUGAAUUCUUCAAGCCGGUCGCUUGUGUACAAUAAACUGUAAUCUUCGCAAUUCAGCCUAGCUCUGUACUGACAAAAGAAAAGGCUAUUCUAGAUACCGUGCCUUUAAAUUGAUGCAAUUGGAUGGUCUGUUCCCUGCUUCUCUUGCAUA